GACAACGUUUUUUGGAAGGUUACCGAUUUCCUGUGGAGCUGGAUAAAACACCGAUGCCCUAAGCGGACCCCUUUGCGUCACGAAGCUCCGACCAGCGCAGAAUGGACCCGAGCAGAGGAGCCACGGCCUUCCACAGGCCGUCCUUCACGCAGGCCGGUUUCAACGACACUUACAUCCAGCUGCCCAAGCACAAGACGGUCCCCGGCGAGGUGAUCCGCCGCAUCGGCCGCUCGCAAUGCACCGCCCGGCACCUGAAGCAUUCGGCCAUGCGGCUGUUGCCCGUGUUCGGAUGGCUGCGCACCUACCGCAUCAAGGAGUACCUGCUCGCCGACGUGGUCACCGGCUUCACGGUCGCCAUGUUUCAAGUGCCCCAGAGUUUGGGGUACACGCUACUGGCUUCAGUACCUCCCGUCUUCGCCCUGUACAACGCCAUGUUCCCCAUGAUGAUCUACAUUAUUCUCGGCACUGUUAGACAAGCUUCCGUUGGUGCGGAUGCCAUCAUGUCUAUGAUGACGGGUGGCGUGGUCCGAGGGCUCGUGUCCCAGGAGUACGUCACCCAGCACGCCAUGGUGGCCAUACACAACGCCACCAGCGACGGGCCGUACACCGUGACGCAGGUCACGUCUGCGCUGUGCUUCACCAUCGGUAUCAUCCAGCUGGUGUUUAGCUUCCUUAGCCUGGGCCAGCUGAACGUGUUCCUGUCGGAGCAGAUGGUGAACGGCUUUGCGACGGGCGUGGCCGUGCAAGUGGUCAUCAGCCAGUUGGGAUCCAUCUUCGGCAACCACGUGCCUCACAUCAGCGGAAUGUUCACCAUAUACAAGACGUUGUAUGCCUUCUUCGCGAACAUCCACGAAGUGGCCUGGCAGACAACGCUGGUGGCCUUUGUCGCCAUCGCGGUCAUCAUGACGGUCAAGCUCUUAAUCGAUCCGCCGUUCGUUCGCAAGCUGGGUAUCCCCAUUCCCAUCGAGCUCAUGGUGGUGGUCUUUUUCACCUUGGGAUCACAUUACCUGAACCUUAGAGUCAACUACGGAGUCGACGUCGUUGGAACCAUUCCCGAAAAACUGCCCGAGCCGACCCUGCCCAGCUUCAACCCGACCCUGAUCGCCAGCAUCUUGCCGGAGUCGUUCGCCCUGGCCAUCGUCAGCUUCGCCAUCACCCUCUCCCUCGGACGCAUUUUCGGGCAGAAGCACGGCUACCAAGUGGACGCGAACCAGGAGUUCCUGGCCCUGGGCGCCAGUCACGUCUUCUCGUCGUUCUUCUCCUGCUUCCCGAUCGCCGCCUCCGUGCCCCGAAGCGCCGUCCAAGAAGGCGCCGGUGGGAAGACCCAGAUCGUCAGUGUCGUCAACAUCAUCAUUAUUAUUUUCAUGGUCCUUUUCUUGGGUCACUACCUGGAAGAACUCCCAAUUUGUGUCCUGGCUGCUAUCAUCGUGACGUCUCUCAAAAAAAUCGUGAUGCAAGUCCAGGACUUCAAGCGCUACUGGAAAAUAUCUAAGAUCGACGGGCAAGUUUGGAUGGUGUCUUUUGGAGCCACUGUGAUUUUCGACGUCAUAACCGGGCUGGCUAUCGGUGUUGGCUUUUCUCUUCUCACCCUCAUCUACAAAAUUCAACGGCCAAAGACGUUCUUGCUGGGAUCCGUAGAUAACACAGAAUUCUUCGUGCCCAUUAAGAAAUAUCAAAUGGUGCACGAGGUACCCAAGAUCAAGAUCUUCCACUUUGGCGGUCCGAUUCACUUCGCAAACACAGAAUAUUUCAAGGAGCAACUGAACAAACGAGUUGGAUUUACCGUGAGGGACAUUCUAAAGGCACGGAAGCGGGCACAGAAAGGAUCACUGUCCAACCUAGUCAACCCGUCUCCGAUGAUCGGCGACUCCAAGGCGACCUCGAUGAACGGCAGCGUGGGCAACGACCUGUGCUCCCUCAAGUCCUCGUCGUCCUGUAUCGCCGAAAUGGUGGCCCUGCCCACUCAUGUCAUCCUCGACUUCUCGCGCGUCUCCUUCAUGGACGGCUCCAGCAUCGCCCUCAUGAAGCUGUUGAAAAGCGAGUACGACUCCAUCGACGUGAAACUGUUCAUCACCAACGCUUCGGAUUCUGUGUUCGACUUCCUGCGCAAAUCUGGGGCUGUUGACUUCCUGGGAUCCGAUAACCUUUUCCCCUCUGUGUUCGACGCUGUCACCGCUGCAAACACCAACAAGUUCAUUGGCGCGAGUCACGGCUCUACAGACUCACUUCCCGAAGUAUCUGAGUUUCUUUGAGAUGCUCAAACCGAUGUCAUGGCCCCACAUCACGCCGCUGUGCACUUUUGUAAUAUAUUUAUAAUAAACACCCUACCUGUUUUUUUAACUAUUUAUUCCA